AUGCCAGAACAACCCCGGAGAUCGGCUUCACCCCAGGCCCCUAUCGAGAGCGCCAGACCCCACGUCCACACGAUCGGAUCCCUGAACCUCCGCCAUCGAGGCCCGACCCGUGCUGCAACUUUUGCAGAGGGCACAUCAAGCAUUCAAGAUCAACGUCGCAAUUCAAGCUUCUCGGACUCAGUAUCUGAAGCACGAAAUUCGAUUCGCUCCUCAACUGAUGAGUUAUUGUUCCCACGCGUAGUUCAGAAGGGGAACAUCGGUUUGCCGAACGAGGAAUCGAAUUGGCAAUCUGCGCCUCUUGGUCUAGCAUUAUUGCCUGCUAUCGCCGGUAUCUUUUUUAAAAAUGGGAGUGCCGUCGUAACAGAUAUCACUCUGCUGAUUCUGGCAGCUAUCUUUCUCAACUGGUCGGUGAGACUACCAUGGGAAUGGUAUCGCUCUGCUCAGGCCUUGAAACAAGAGGACAUAUAUUACGAUUCCGUCGCUUCAAAUCUAGAACUCGAAACGGAUGAGAAUGGGGAAACCUGUGAAGACCGAAAGAAUGCGACAGAUCGAGAGCGCCGAAGGGAACAACAAGUCCCCAGUGCUGCCAACGAAGCCAGUAAGGAGCUUCAAAUUCAUGAAGUUGUUGCUCUUGCAUCGUGCUUCAUCUUCCCCGUGAUCGGGACAUGGCUUCUCCAUGCUAUCAGAUCCAAAUUGUCGCGUCCAUCGGAAGGAUUGGUAUCAAAUUACAACCUAACCAUUUUCCUGCUGGCGUCAGAGAUUCGGCCAUUCGCUCACCUGCUGAAGAUGGUGCAGGCGCGCACACUCCAUCUUCAGCGCGUUGUCGCUGCAUCUGCCGACGACGAGGAGAAACUGGACCCGAAAAAGAUCAAGGACCUAGCCAAGCGACUGGAGGAACUCGAAGCACAUGUCGCUGAAACAGCGGCGGCUCGGCUACCGUCCGGAUCAUCAAAUUACCCACAAGACCAGGAACUACCUCAAAAUCUCAUCUCGCAAGCAACCGCAGAAAUCCGCAAAGGCUUCCAACCGGAGAUCGAUGCCUUGAAUCGCGCGGUUCGGCGCUACGAGAAGCGCACAGCGCUCACUUCAUUUCAGACGGAGGCGAAAUUUCAAGCGCUCGAAACCCAGGUACACGAUGCUAUUGCUCUGGCGGCAGCAGCGCAACGCUCCGGCUCCCGUCGACCCUUGGGUACUCUAUCGGGCUUGUUCAAUAGCAUUUAUGCAAUUAUCCUCCUUCCCGUGCAGAUCUUCAUGUCCCUGGCAAGCCUCCCGUUUCAGCUAUCAACGCGAUGUCUACGAUAUUGCAAAGAUAUGCUAGUCUCGAAACCACCUCGAAGAUCGAGCAAGGGUAAGGUGCCGCGCGAUCUCAGAACUUCUUCAAGGCAGUUCAGAAGGAUUCCUCCACAGGACUUGGAUGGUGGUCCAGCGCUCAAACCAAUCCGGGAGUAUCAAUAG